AUGUCGGCUGACCUUUUCGCCCUUUUUGGGGAUGCGCCGGAAACGGCAGACCCUCAGCAAACUCAGCAAACCCAAACACAGGGCAUACCCAACAACACCUCAACUACUGCCGCCCCGGCUGCAAGUGAUCCAUUCUCUUUUAUAAGUUCUGCUUCAUCUACUUUGCCGCCCCAAAAUGCACAGCAAACUGCACAAUGGCCACCAUUCCAGCAGACGACGACGGGCCAAUCCGCCUCAUGGCUCACUUCGCCCGUCAGCGAGCCCCAGACAAGCAAUGCGUGGGGUGAUAUCGGCAGUCUAGGAGGCCUAGGAAACUUCCAAAGUCAGGCGACAGCACUUCCGAUAUCCCAAAAGCCAGUACCGGCCGAAGAGGACGAUGACGGCUGGGGAGAUUUUGAGGUCGCCCCGACCAGCCCACCUACCCAGCCUCCUAUGCCAACCACGGUCUCCAACCCGCCCCGGGCGCAAGUCACGAGGAUGCCGACCAUCGAUAUGAUGACCAACAAACUCGUGGAUUUAAACCUGGAUUCAUCCGCCCCGGAACCAUAUGGGCAGCAGCCAUCGUGGGAGGAUAGUAGCAAGACGCAGCAACCGCAGAAACCGGUGCGGAACCCCGACCCGAAUGUCCUCUUCGAUGCCGAUUUUGAGGUAGAGCACGGCGCCGACGACGAUGACGAUGACUUUGGCGACUUCGAGACGGGGACGCCCGCUACCGCGAUCCCACCACAGAUUGCACCGCCAAAAUCCGCUGUCGACCUGUUAUCGCUAGACCCAGACCCGGUGCCAGCAGCAGCGGUAUCGACUAAGAAGCAGCCUCCGGGAUUGACUCUCUCGAAUACGGCUCUGCAAGCUAACGAGGCAUCCUAUCCGGAGGUGCCCAAGUCCCCUUACGGGUCCUUCCAAAAUCGGAAGCCGGAGCCGGUGAAGCAACUCCAAGUGAAACCGCCAACUCUGGCAAAGGCGCUCCAAGGGUCUAGUGCCGCAUCGCUAUCCGCUAUUCAGGAUGAUGAUUUUGGCGACAACUGGGAGGAGUUCGAAAAUAUCCCAGAUCCCAAACCCACCACUGCGAAGCCGAAGCCGAAGGCAGCGUCCAAAACUAAACCAACGCCGAAACCCCCAGCAGACGCAGCCGUAGCCCCAGAGUGGGAAUGGCAAGACUGGGGCGGACAAGACGACCAACCCAGCCCUCCCACAACCACAACCACAGCCAAAGCCAAAACAACCACCACCAAACCCAAAACAACCACCACUACCAGCACCACAACCCAACCCCCCCAGGAAGAACCCCCUUCCCCCAAAGGCCCCCCACCAACCAACAUCCCCCCCCCGGCCAUCCUCCUCUCCCUCUUCCCCACCCUCCUCGACCUAGCCUCCACCACCCUCCUCAAACCCCUCCUCACCCUGCCCACCACCUCCCCCGCCCACCAACGCGUCCUCGCGGCCCCGGCCACGCUAACCUUCCUCCGCGGCUACCUAGCCCUCGCCCGCGUCGCGGCCCGCCUCAUCGCGGGCCGCAAGCCGCGCUGGCACCGCGACCGCUUCCUCGCGCAGGGCAUGUCCAUCUCCGCGGUGCCUGCCGGCGGGGGCGGGCAGCGGGGGAUGAAGCUGGCCGGGGUGGACAAGGGGCGCGCUGCGCACGACGAUCGCGAGGCGGCCGAGGUGGCCGCCGUGUGGAAGCGGCAGGUGGGGAGGCUGCGGAGCGUGGUGGCCGGGGUGGCGGCCGCGCAUUCCGGGGAGGGGGUGGUGGGGUUGAGGGUGCCCGAGGUGGCGGUUGGGUUGGCGGUCGCGACGGCCAAGGGGGUGCCGACGGCGCCGCGGGCGUGCGUGGUCUGUGGCCUGCGGCGGGAUGAAAGGGUGGCUAAGGUGGAUGGGGAGGUGGAGGAUAGUUUUGGGGAGUGGUGGGUGGAGUUUUGGGGGCAUCGGGAGUGUAGGAACUUUUGGGUUGGGCAUGAGAGUGAGCUGAGGUCGCGGUAG